UAGUCCACUCAGCUCAGCACCUCUCAAACCAACCUGAACACAAAAAUACAGAGAAAGAGACUGAUAUUGAACUCGUUCUGACAUCGAUUCUGAUACUCAAAGAACGUCCAGCUGUUGAUUUACAUGUGAAAUGGGACGCCUUUCUCCGUUCAACUCUGCUUUUGGGUCUUAUAUUUACUCUCUCAUGCUGUUUUAAACGAAUGCGCGGUUGAAAAUGACCUCACGGAGGAAGUUUGGAGUGAAGUCUGAGGUGAGUGAAGUGAAAGAGGAAUAUGUGACACCAAACGGAUACGAGCUGGAGAAACACCUCACGCACGGCAGCGUCGCCUACACACACGUCAAUGAGGUCUGGCCCAACGUCUACAUUGGAAACGAAGAGACUGCGAAAGACCGAUACAAGCUGAAGACGAUGGGUAUCACGCACAUCUUGAACGCUGCGGAGGGCGAGUGGAACAGUGUGGACACGGGCGCAGAAUACUAUAGAGACAUGGACGUGCAUUACUACGGGAUCACAGCGGAGGACGUUCCUACAUUCAACCUCAGCCAGUACUUCUAUUCUGCUGCUGAAUACAUCCACCAGACCCUCGCAAGCCCACAGAAUAAGCUUCUUGUUCACUGCGUGAUGGGCCGCAGUCGCUCGGCCACACUCUUCCUGGCUUACUUGAUGAUCUACGAGAACAUGACAGUUGUAGACGCCAUUGAUCACGUCAAACGGCGGCGGCGCAUCAUCCCAAACUGGGGCUUCCUGAAGCAGCUGAGAGAGCUGGAUGAACACCUGCUGGAGCAGAGAAGAGCUCAAAACACACAAGUGGAGAAGAGCGCAGACAUUUAAACAUCCAAACCAAAAACAUUUACAAAUAUUAGAUGGGUUUCAGUUUCAAAUAUUUCAGUUUGCAUUUCCUAAUGUACACAGUGGUGCUUGCAAAGCAGCUAGUGAAUAGUGUUAAAGUUUUAGGUAGAUUUAUGUUUAUUCUAGUUCUAUGACAAUGAAACAUGACACACACACUUUAAAACACAGAUGUACAACUUAGCAACAAUUAAAAUCUAUUUAUUAAACUGG